UUCGAUGUCGAUCGUUUUGUGUCGGACUGCAGGAAGCGGGUCCAGUUGGAAGAGCUGAGAGAUGACCUGGAGCUCUACUACAAGCUUCUGAAAACAGCCAUGGUGGAGCUCAUCAACAAGGACUAUGCCGACUUCGUCAACCUCUCCACCAACCUGGUUGUCAUGGACAAAGCCCUCAGCCAGCUUUCUGUGCCUUUGGGACAGUUACGAGAAGAGGUUCUGAGUCUCAGAUCCUCUGUCAGUGAAGGAAUUCGGGCCGUCGAUGAACGAAUGUCUAAACAGGAGGACAUUAGAGAAAAGAAGAUGUGCGUGUUGAGGCUUAUUCAAGUGAUUCGAUCAGUUGAGAAAAUUGAAAAAAUCUUAAACUCUCAAAGUUCUAAAGAGUCAUCUGCACUAGAAGUAAGUAGCCCACUUUUGACGGGGCAGGUUUUGGAGAGAAUCGCCACGGAGUUUAACCAGCUGCAGUCUCACGUCGUCCAGAGCAAGGGCCUGCCUCUGCUGCACAAAGUGAGGCCGCGUAUAGCUGGCAUCACGGCCAUGCUCCAGCAGUCACUAGAAGGUCUCCUGUUAGAAGGCCUUCAGACUUCCGACGUCACCAUCAUACGCCAUUGCCUGCGGACCUACGCCACCAUCGACAAGACGCAGGAUGCCGAGGCCUUAGUCGGUCAAGUGCUGGUGAAACCAUACGUAGAUGAGGUGAUCGCCGAGCACUCUGCAGAGUCCCACCCCGAUGGCCUUCGGGUCAUGUACAGUAAACUGCUGGAGUUCGUUCCUCACCAUUGCCGCCUCCUUCGGGAAGUCACGGGAGGCGCCAUCUCCAGGUUUCAGUGUGGCAGUAUUCGUGGGGAAGCCUCGGAACAUGAGGAGUCUAAGCUGCACCUCUCCAGGUCAGCUCCACNUGCUGAGGACGGGUGCCUCCUCGCAAAAUACACCAUAAGUAUGGAUUUUGUAAGAAGAUUUGAACGGCAGUGUGGAUCACAGGCCAGUGUAAAAAGAUUAAGAGCACAUCCCGCCUAUCAUAGCUUCAAUAAUAAGUGGAACUUGCCUGUUUAUUUUCAAAUAAGAUUUAGAGAAAUCGCAGGGUCCUUAGAAGCAGCGCUCACAGAUGUACUGGAAGACGCCCCAGCUGAAAGCCCGUUCUGCCUGCUGGCCUCCCUGGGAGUGUGGCGCAGCCUGGAGCGCUGCUGGUCCGAUGCGCUGUUCGCGCCAGCGCUGGCACCCCGCCUGUGGAGGCUCACGCUGCAGAUCCUGGCGCGCUUCUCUGCCUUCGUCCGAGAGCUUUCGCUCAGGCCCAUUUCCAAUGAAAGUGCCAAGGAGAUCAAAAAGCCUUUGGUGACUGGUAGCAAAGACCCUUCUGUUAGCCAAGGAAACAGUGACAACGCAGGUGGCUCGCCAGAAGCCAGGCCUGCAGCCUCCAUCUCCAGCACGCAGCUCGCGUACGCGGUCGCAGACCUGGAUAGGCUUCAGGAGCAGCUUCCAGAACUCUUGGAAACAAUCAAGCCAAAACUCGAAACGAUUGGCUUUAAGAAUUUUUCUUCGCUCUCAGCAGCCCUCGAGGACUCCCGGAGCUCUCUGGCGGCCUGUGUGCCCUCCCUGAGCCACAGGAUCGUCCAGGACUUGAGUGAGUCUUGCUUCAGUUACCUGAAGAGUGCCCUGGAGGUUCCCAGGCUUUACCGGAGGACCAAUAAGGAGGUCCCGACUGCUGCUUCCUCCUAUGUGGAUAGUGCUCUGAAGCCGUUGUACCAGCUUCAGAGCAGACACAAGGAGAAGCUGAAGCCAGCGCUGGUGCAGCAGUGGCUGGCAGGGGCCCUCUCGGAGAGCACGCACAGGUACUAUGAGACCGUGUCGGAUGUGCUGAGCUCCGUGAAGAAGAUGGAGGAAAGUCUGAAGAGGCUGAAACAGGCCAGGAAGUCCACUGCCACCACCCCUGCCGGCCCCAGCAGUGGCACAAGUGACGAUGACAAGAUCAGGCUGCAGCUGGCCCUGGACGUGGCGUACUUAGGAGAGCAGAUACAAAAGAUGGGCCUGCAAGCAAGUGACAUAAAAAGCUUCCCAGCCCUCGCGGAGCUCGUUGCUGCUGCCAAGGACCAGGCAGUGGCAGAACAGCCUUAAGCUUCUGGGAGGACUCGUGGGGUGGGAGGCAGGGCUUCGAGCCCAGGGAAGAAAGUGGCUCUGUGUCCGUCCUUCCUGCUGGCCUCGCAGCCCAGCGGGCUUCCAGCAUCGCCCGGCAACGCGCCGCGUCUGCUCUCAGCACGUGUGGGUCUCCUCUCACCCAGAAAGAGCUCCAAAGCCUUUUCCAUUGUAUGGAAGAUAGUUUUUAAGAACCUUUGAAACUUUCUACUAUAGUUUACAGAACAAAGUAUUUUAUUUUUAUUGUAAAUCUUAGCAUGGAAGAGCUGAUUUCUAAAACAAGGUUAAGGUAAAUGCGUGUGUGUGACUAUAACGGUGGUCCCUGAUGCUGCGGUUGGGAGCGUGGCUGCAGUGCGGUGGCUGCAUUGGAAGGAAGCAUCCUUCUCUGGAACAGAGAGGCCCGUCCGUUCACGAGCAGCGCUUCUGAUCACACGCGCCCCCAGAUCUCUGUUAGGAGCUAGAACCAGAAGGGAAGAUUAAUUUCCUAAAUAAAAAGUGUUUACCGUG